UGGUUGUUGGAGCUCAAACGCUGCGCAGCGAGGGGUGGGUGUCACGGCAGUCAGAUUUGCAGGAAAGCCUCGAAAUAUCGGAAACUGAUUUAAAGUCGGAGACUUGAAAUUGCUGACAACCUCUCUGUCGCAUGCAAUGUGCUUUGUGAAGGCACUUUAAAUGAAAACAUUUUAUCCAUGAGUUCUGCAAGAGUUCUUCAUAUGGUCAGUUCCUCGAUGCCGGGUCCAGGUAUGCCUGUGGAUGUUGCUGUGCAGCUCUACAUUACCCAUUCUCCCCCCCUGCGCAGCUUCCUGAGCUCCUAUGAGGAUUUCAGGUCACGCAACCUGGUUAACACCUGCUGCAAACCCCUGAGGCCUUGUCUGAGCUCCAGAGCCCACUUGGAGCCCCCCUUACUGACCUGGAAGACACCAAAACCCAAACCCAAGAAAAAGGUUGUGUUUGCAGACUCCAAAGGCAUGUCACUAACAGCAGUGCAUGUCUUCUCUAUUGUCGAUAACAAAGAACCUGCUACACCCCAACUGCAGUUUGACCUAGAAGAUCUAGCGAACGUCACCACAACUCUUCGCAUAAACUCCUCCCAAAGCCGAAUGCUAGAUUUUCCACAGCCAGCAGCAGACUAUCUAGACUUCCGUAGUAGGCUGCUAAAGAACUUCGUAUGCUUGGAAAACUGUACCCUGCAGGAGCAGGCUCUCACCGGCACAAUUAAAGUGCGCAACGUGGCCUACGAAAAGUCUGUGCAGGUGCGGAUCACCUACGACACCUGGAAGAGCUACCAAGAUGUGGAAUGCACCUUUAUGAAUAACGUCUAUGGUUGCCAGGAUACAGACACAUUUUCUUUUGCCAUUGAAUUGCCUGUCUAUGUACCCCCUCAAAGUAAAGUAGAAUUUUGCAUAAGUUACAGAACUGGAGGCCAGGUUUACUGGGACAACAAUGAUGGGAGAAAUUAUGGACUGGUUUCAACAUCUCGGCAACAAAACAAAAAAUGCAAUACGCCAUCAAAGAAAUCUGAAUCUAGGAAGCUAGGCAGGAAAACAGACAAGGGGAUUAACAAAAUUGAAAGUCCCCUCUACACCAAUAACUUUAUUCCAAAAUGGCAGCAAUGGAAGAACUUUAACAUAAGUAACCCAUACUGGUGACUUGAGCGGUUUUAUGAUUAUCGGUAUCAGAUUAUGUCAAAUGUUUCAGCCACUUUAUAUUUCUAUCAGUAUUAAAGUAUCUCUUAAAAGCUCUUACACUAAUUUAUUUGCUGUUGUACAUACAUUUACUGUUGCCUACCACUUGUGUAUUUAGUUGCAGUGCAAUAAACGCCUAUUUUUUUGUAAAAUUAAAACUUGAUCCCUUUAUUCCUAGUGCAGAAGUUAAAGAACGUCUGUAAACCAGACCACUAGGGGGUCUAGAUAAUAAUAGUAUGGAACUUACUAGAUUCUAGAUUCUUAGUAAAAACCAAGUCAUGCUUGCUGAACCUCUGAUGAUGUAAGUUUUCUUUAUGGAAGAGAGGAACAGUGGAUGUGCAUCCAUAAAGAUUAUCCUUCAUAUUGAAGGAGUAACCUUUACUUGGUUACAAAAUUAAAGGUGAAAAGCAAACAAAAAUGCAUAUUUAUCAUAUCUAAUAUGUGCUUUAUGAUUAUCAGUUUUUAUGCUUUUGAAUAUCUUUUUGCAAGAUGUGUAUCUAAACAAUGUGCCUUUUUUAUUCACUUUAGUGUGGGAUGUAUUAAAAUGCUGGUUAACUGGUGAAGAUUAAUAAGCUAAACAACUGCAAUGAAAUUGGAUACUGUGCCUUAGUAUUCUGUUGCAAAUGAUAGUAAAAUAAAACAAUUGUUUGGUUAAUUGUUGUAAGUGCAAUUAAUUAAGAGUGCAAUGGUUUGUGACUAUAUAUCAUGCAAAAGAAUGGCUGUAUUAUAUUUAGGAUAGAAUGGAUGUCUGGCUAAAUGUAUGAUGCAUUUGUGUGAUUUUUGUAAAAUAAAAUACUUUUAAAAAUGAAA